AUGAUUCUUCUGUGGUCCUGCCUCCUGGUGGCUGUCGUAGGUAUCCUAGGCACAGCGACACCUCAACCUGGGAACUCCUCUCUGCAUCGUCUCACCAGACAGCUCUUACAACAGUACCACAAGGAGGUCAGACCAGUUUACAACUGGGCGGAGGCCACCACUGUCUACCUGGACCUUUGCAUCCAUGCUGUAUUGGAUGUGGAUGUACAGAAUCAAAAAUUAAAGACAAGCGUGUGGUACCGAGAGGUCUGGAAUGAUGAGUUUUUGUCCUGGAACUCCAGUCUGUUCGAUGAGAUUGAGGAGAUCUCUCUCCCUCUCAGUGCCCUCUGGGCCCCCGAUAUCAUCAUUAAUGAGUUUGUGGACGUCGAAAGAUCUCCUGACCUGCCCUAUGUAUACGUGAACUCUUCUGGGACCAUUAGAAACCACAAGCCCAUCCAGGUGGUUUCUGCAUGCAGUUUGCAGACAUACGCUUUCCCCUUUGAUAUCCAGAACUGCAGCCUUACCUUUAAUAGCAUUCUGCACACAGUGGAAGACGUAGACCUGGGCUUCCUGAGGAACAGAGAAGACAUGGAGAAUGACAAAAGGGCUUUUCUGAAUGACAGCGAGUGGCAGCUUGUCUCUGUGUCCUCCACUUACUACAUCCGGCAGAGCAGCAUUGGAGACUUCGCACAGAUUCAGUUCAACGUAGUGAUUCGCAGAUGUCCAUUGGCCUAUGUUGUGAGUCUCUUGAUACCUAGCAUCUUCCUGAUGCUCGUGGACCUGGGAAGCUUCUACUUGCCCCCCAACUGCCGUGCAAGAAUUGUGUUUAAGACCAGUGUGCUGGUGGGCUAUACAGUCUUCAGGGUCAACAUGUCUGACGAGGUGCCAAGAAGUGCAGGCUGUACAUCUCUGAUUGGGGUCUUCUUUACUGUCUGCAUGGCCCUCCUGGUUCUCAGUUUAUCCAAAUCCAUCUUGUUGAUCAAAUUCCUCUAUGAAGAGCGACACAGUGGGCAAGAACGGCCUCUUAUGUGUCUUCGAGGGGACUCUGAUGCCGAUGACUCUAGAUUGUACCUCAGGGCUCCACUUGCUGAAGCCACAGAGUCCCCACCGGUCUGUCAGGAGCACCAGGUCCCAUCAGAUACGCUGAAGGAUUUCUGGUUCCAGCUCCAAACCAUCAACAACUCUCUCCGAACUCAGGAUCAGGUUUACCAGAAGGAGGUGGAGUGGCUCGCCAUCCUGUACCACUUUGACCAGCUGCUCUUCCGAAUCUACCUGGCCGUGCUGGGGCUCUAUACUGUCACCUUAUGCUCUCUCUGGGCACUGUGGAGCAGACUGUGA